UUUCGCUGGGAUUUGAUCAAAUCACGGAAAAACUCAAUAAAAUCGCCGGGCUGGUUGACAGCGACAAAACGAAGUCGGGUGCAUUGGCGGAUGGGCAAAAGAACGGCGUCAAAAACUACUUGGAUGAUAUCACAACCCUGCUUGGCAAAGCUCCCGUCGACCUCAAGUCAGAUAUAAAAGGGAGCCACAAAGGUGUCCAAGGCCUCGAGACGAUCAAAAAGGAAAUUACCACCGCGCUGGACGGUAUCGACACAUACGCUUCCGACAUCUCCGUUUCCUACAUAACCGAUGGCCUGGAUAAGGUAUCCACCGCAAUCACACAACACCUUGGAGAUCUCGAGCAAGCUAUAGAUCAAACCACGAAUGCCGUCCAUGCGAAAUUGAUCGCUCUGAAAGACGAUAAAAUUGGUAACGCUGCGAAUAGCAAGACAAUCAAGGAGAACACCUUACAAGCCAUUUCUGACAAACUUGACAAACUACAGAAGGGCCUGGUGACAGAUGCUAUCAGAGAUACCAAGUCGCUGCUUGAUACCUACUUGACGAAAGCUGAAGAAUACUACGCGAAAGAACUUAAAUCUCACCUCAACACUCAAGUAAAACAAGCCAUCGAGACGCUCACCACCCACUCGCAAAAGCAUUAUUUCCUCGCCACAGUACAACUCUUGUCCGAGUUCUCCGAAAGGGUUGAGAAGGAGUUGAAGCCGCUGCCGCAAGAAAUAAAAAACGAUUUGGAAAAGGGGCACAAAGGGUUCAUGAAUAAAAUAGAAAAGUAUUUCAUUGGAACUGACAAAGGAAUUAAAGUCAUUAGGGACAUCAAGACCACCCACUCUCGUCCAGAGAAGUCUCCACUCAGCCAGGCAGCUGAGAGAGCAUACAACGCUUCCAGACGUUUAUGUCAUUAUUUGAAGUCACAGACGGACUUCAUAUCAGACUUUCAAAAAUACGAGCCCUUGCACAACUCUCUUCUAACUUUGCUUGAUGGAUUUAAAACUUCCGAACAUUUCAAUCACCAAUUUAGAGAUAACUUAGACACAGUUAAGAAUACUCUCGACCAACUCGCUCCUCGGCAAUUCGGCACAUCUUCGACGGUCAUGUUACAAGCCCUGAAAGGGGGAAUUGCUGCUUUGGUCGACGCACUUGACAAAACCUACGUGAGCAGUUACUCCGGGAGACAAUGGCAGGAGGAGGAACUGGGACACUACGCCAAAAUCUGUUGGACCAUCACGCCCAUCUUAUACGACGCUCUAACUGAACUCAAGAAUAGACUCGAAUAUGAGAACUGGAAUGAUUACAAAAUAUAUCACCCAGCUGACAGCACCUCCAGCCUCCACGCUCUCUUCUUCCGCGACAACGGGUAUGACUUCAAUCGUCCUGAGAACGCUGAGAAUGGCGGACUGAAUCACAGACAAGACUUCAAUGGUAGCAGCAUUCUCAAACACCUAACUAAUGAAGCGCAUAAUUUGUUCAGUCAACUGUCAUCUCCCGUCACCGGCAUUCCUCCAUCGACAUCCGGGUCGGACGAGCUUGAUGUAACCGUCGCGGAGGAGAGUGGUCUCAUCCAAAAACUCUAUGAUUUCCUGCAGACGUACUGCAAAGUCUGCCACCUUACCCGUAUUGACAAACCCCGGGCGCCAUGCUCCGUUUACGAAAUUCUCGUCUGGUGUAACGGCCUGCAGUUCAACCCCGUGUACGAGAGGUUCAAGAAGCACGUUGAAUCUGAGUUCAUGAAGGAGGACAAGCUAAAUCCAGGUACAAAGAAGCUGCAGCCCUUCGAUGCGCACCCGUCUGCUGUCAAAUACGGUGACGUUGAAGCAGAGCUCUACAAUGUGUCUGCCCAUUCCCAUGCCGUCCUCACUGCUAUCCUGGGCCACGGUCACAGGGACGGAAUCUACGCGUGUGAAUUCUCCGACAACUCGCUUAAAUUAGAUUACCCUAGCAACAUGAUCCAACUGCUGUGUAUGUUGUUCGAUCUGCUUAAGCGCCUCUACCACCAGCUGUACUUCCUGCUGAAGCAGUGUCGGCACAAUGCUCAGCUCAGCGGCUGGAAGGACUGCCACUACGGCAGGUACAUCGGCGGGUCAGGCUGGCAGGCAACCAAAGCAGGCCGACAGCUC